CCGUCGCUGUCACCACCAGGCGGAGGCUGAGUCGGCUGCGCUUCCCCGGCCGCCGCUAGCAGGAAGGAGCCGCUGCUGCUGCUGCUGUUACUGGCGCCGCCAUCAUGGUGCCUGGAGCCGGAGCCGCGGCCUGGGGGCUCUGAGCCCCUCUCGUAUUGCUUGUUUCUCCCCCUCGCCAUCGUCGCCACCGCCGCCGCCCUUGUCGCCGCAGCUUUGGGCCGCCGGGUACUGCACUUAAGAAUGAACAUUGAAGAUAAACUGGGAGGAUUGUUUCUCAAAUGUGGUAGCAUAGAUCAAAUGCAGUCAUCCAGGAAUAUGGUUGGAAUGGGUGCCUCAUCUGACCAGUCAGCCGUUUCUGGAGAGCGGCAGGAAGCAGUGCUUCAAGACCGGGCAAUGGCACACCAAGACAUGCUCUCUGCAGAUGACGUUUUACAAGAAAGUGAGCUUCGACAGCAAGACAUGAUACCACAUGAUGAACUCAUGGUGCAUGAAGAGACAGUGAAAAAUGAUGACGAGAUGGAAGCACAGGACAGACUUCCCCAAGGGCUUCAAUAUGCAGUUAAUGUUCCCCAGAUAAGUGUAAAACAAGAAAUUACCUUUGCUGACAUAGCAGAACAGCAUAAAAGGGACAAAAAACUACUACUACGAGAGGGGCUAGAUUUGCAGAAAAAGAAGAAAAGGAAACAGCGAUCACCAGCAAAGAUCCUUACAAUUAAUGAGGAUGGAUCACUGGGUCUGAAAACUACCAAAUCUCACAUUUGUGAGCAUUGCAAUGCUGCCUUUAGAACCAACUACCAUUUACAGAGGCAUGUCUUCAUACAUACAGGUGAAAAACCAUUUCAGUGCAGUCAGUGCGACAUGCGUUUCAUACAGAAGUACCUGCUACAGAGACAUGAGAAGAUUCAUACUGGUGAAAAACCAUUUCGAUGUGACGAAUGUGGCAUGAGAUUCAUACAGAAGUACCACAUGGAAAGGCACAAGAGAACUCAUAGUGGAGAGAAGCCUUACCAGUGCGAAUAUUGCUUGCAGUUCUUUUCAAGGACUGACCGUGUAUUGAAACAUAAACGUAUGUGCCAUGAAAACCGUGAUAAGAAACCCAACAGAAGUGCCACCAAAGUUGGCUUUUUGACACCUGAUGAAGAUCAAGGCUUCCCUAUGCCUCUGAAAGACAGCUCUUUGCCAAAGAAGAAAAGGCAAAAAAUGGAGAAAUCAAAGUCUUUAGGGCUGGACAAAGAAAGUGGGACAGAUAAAUCUGAGCACAAGAAAGAUAAGAAUGACUUCUUGCCUUUGUAUGCUGCCAGUGCUAAGAUAAAGGAUGAGUAUAUGGUAGCUGAAUAUGCAGUUGAGCUACCACAUUCUUCUGUCAGUGGAGGACACUUGCAAGAAGCGAAUUCUGGUGAAAUCCAUCCACCUAAAUUGGUGCUCAAAAAAGUUAACAGUAAGAGAAAUUUAAAACAGCCAGUAGAGCAAAGUCAGAACAUUUCAUCGUUAACCUCUUAUGAAGACAGCAAGGUUUCAAAGUAUUCUUUUGAUCUUGUGGAUAAACAAAGCCUGUUGGAUUCUGAAGGUAAUGCUGACAUAGACCAAGUUGAUACUUUACAGGAAGGCCCUAGUAAACCUGUACACAGCAGCACAAACUAUGACGAUGCAAUGCAGUUUUUAAAGAAAAGGCGAUAUCUCCAAGCAGCUAAUAGUAACAGCAGAGAGUAUGCCUUGAAUGUUGGCACUAUAGCCUCUCAGCCUUCAGUCACACAGGCUGCGGUCGCAAGUGUAAUAGAUGAAGGCAGCCCAGCAUCCAUAUUAGAUACAGCAGGUUUGAAUGUGGAGAUUAAAAGUAACCAUGACAAAAAUGUCAUUCCAGAUGAGGUACUUCAAACGCUGUUAGAUCAUUAUUCCCAUAAAGCAAAUGGCCAGCAUGAAAUAGCUUUCAACGUGGCUGAUGCUGAAGUGACCUCCAGUAUAUCCAUUAAUUCUUCUGAAGUGUCAGAAGUCACACAAGCUGAGAACGUUGCAUCAAGCUCCCAAGCUUCCUCAUCCGAUAAAGCCAGUAUGUUACAAGAAUAUUCCAAGUUUCUUCAGCAAGCUUUGGAGAGAACUAGCCAAAACGAUGCCUAUUUGAACAACCCUAGCCUUAAUUUUGUGAGUGACAACCAGACUCUUACAGGGCAACCAUCAUUCUCCUCUAUAGACAAACAGGUCUAUUCUAUACCUGCCAACAGUUUUCGGUCAGGAAUGAACUCUCCAUUAAGAACAACUCCAGACAAAUCUCAUUUUGGACUUAUGGUUGGUGAUUCCCAGCACUCUUUUACCUUUUCAGGUGAUGAGCAAAAUCAUUCUUCUUCUUCCUCUACCCAGGACUUCUUGGAUCAGGUGACUUCUCAGAAGAAAGCAGAGGCCCAGCCUGUUCAUCAAGUUUAUCAGAUAGGUUCCUUUGAGCAACCAUUCAGAGCUCAGUACCAUGGAACAAGAGCUGGAAUAUCAUCUCAGUUUAACACUUCUAAUGGACAAGUGAACCUGCGGGGACCAGGGACAAGUGCUGAAUUCCCAGAAUUCCCCUUGGUGAAUGUAAAUGAUGCUCGAGCUGGGAUGAACUCUUCACCAGAUGCCACAACAGGCCAGACAUUUGGCUAAAAUAAUCUGUAGAAAUAAGUUUGGCACUUUAGCACAGGUCUGUCAGAAAUCAGCGUGUUCUACAGAAUCCUAUAAAUAUUUAAGGCCUUGUGUUAUAAUAAAAAGUGAGCUGGUACAGCAAGUAUUGGAAAUUGUAUUGGGGUGGGGGGUUAGUCACCAUUCUUUUAAAAUUGCCUUAUAUGUGGGCAUCCAUUGAAAAGGCUGGUGGUUAUUUGCUUGUUGGAGAUCAGGAACUUGCUACAUUGAGAUUCAACACAAGACAAAACAAACCAAAAACAACAACAGAAACCACAUAAGAUUUCUUUCCUAUAAUCAUUUCCUAGUUUGGCAUCAUUGAAUAUUUUUGGGAGAAUGAUAAUUAUGAGAUUAUUCAUGUUGGAAUUUCCUAGUUAAUCUAGCCAUUGCACUUCAUUCAUCAGGGAAUAUACAUAAACUGUAUAGACAAAAUAAACUUAAGAGUUUCACAGCCCAAUCCAGCAUGGGUGGGUGGGGGGGCCUGAAAUGAAUCUUGGAGGCGUUGGGGCCUUAUGCCAGCAAAAAUGCCCUCCUCAGGGCACUUAGCUUGCAGGGGCAAAUCUGCUGGUAGACAGCCACGGCAGUCUACAGUGGUGCAGAGGGCCAUGUCAGUGUCCCUGUGCCGCCACCAGCCCCAUCGAUAUAGUGGGGAUGUUGCAGGGGUGUGACUGGGGGUGGAGCCAACAUUCGUCUAUUUCCACCCUGGGUUUGCCUCUGGAUACAUGGCGGCCCAAGGCCAUCUCCAGAAGGCUUCUUGGCAGCAUGGACGGGUUUUUGUAUUUUGCCUCCCCACACAGCCAAAAAGCCCUCUAGAGGUGGCAAAGUGGCACCACAGUGGCGCUAGCCCCAGCCACCAAGGGCUCUGGAUUGGACUGUAAAUGUCAGAAAAACGGUGGCUAGACAAAUACAGUGCAUUCUGGGAAACAAAUAACAUUCUCUCACCUCUCUUAGAAGUAUUUCACACAAGAUUCCUUUUGUUGUUUUCUUUGCAUUUCCUUUGACUAUACUUUGAGAAAGGUAACGAUGCUUGCUAGACUCCACUCCCCUAUUUAAAUGUCAGAUUUAAUUAAUAAUACUGAAAGAUAAAAUACAUUCUAUUAAUACUUCCUUCUUGAAGUAUUGCAAAUUCCUUUGUAUGUGAACAUAACUUUUGUGACUUUUCCCCUACCUGGCAGGUAUCAAGAUUGUUAGGCUUUAGUUAAAAUGCUUUGUAGACUACAUUCCCAGUUUCAUAAUGCUUAUAUGAAUGGUGAACUCCAUGAUUUAAAAGUUUAAUUGUACAUCAUCCUACAAAUCUGCAAUAAUUAACAUUAGAGCACUUAGAUUAUUUUCAAUAUUUUUCAAUAUUUUUCUGCUUUUUCAAAAAAUAAAAUAAAACUAUUUUAGACUUUUAGGUUUGAUGUGGCUGCAUCAUUUUGACCUCUUAUAACAACAAAAGAUUUUAUAAACUAAAAAUAAAAUGGAAUGCCUUUACCACAACAAGUGUAUUUUCUCUUUGAAAAUUUUGGCAAUUCAAUUUGCUUUCAUUUUAUGAUAAAUUAUCCCCGAAAGCGGAGGAAGUAAAUAUUCUCACUGUGUAUUACCUUUAUAAACUGCUUUGUUGCAUUUUGCCAACCGUAGCUGGUGAGUAAUGACAUUGACCCAAAGAUGAAUGGUCAAACUUUUAUUGCAUUUCACACAUAAAUAAAUGUAAGCUUUAUCCUUCUCCCAUGAAAAUGUUUUAAUAGUAGUUUGUCUUGAGUUAGACAGUGUGGUGCAACAGUUAGUUCCAUAUACAGUUUUAAAAUGGUGUGGUUUGACUUAACAUAAAUGUUAAGAUGAUUUAACGAUUUUUAAAAUUGAAACUUUAUUUUCAGUCAAUUGUACAUUCAUUAAUGGGAUGCUUUGAGGAAAUGUAGGCCAUUGUUUCACCUAAAGGCUGAGUGACAGAUUGAUAGGUAAAUUGUUUCGUAAAAGUUGCUAAGCAUAUCGAUGAGGAAGGUUGCUCAAAUUGUUUUAGAACAUUAUAUAUUCCCACCAUUUCUCAAACAACUUAUGGCCCCAUCCAAAGGGGGGAGCCGAAUCCAGUCGUGGGAGUGGUGCGCCGGCAGAUUUGACGCCGGCAUAGUGUGGUGGCAGGCUGGGGUGUGUGUGUGUCCAGGGGAGGCUCCAACUUUAUUCGGCUUCCUCUCAGCCUUUGCCAGUGUUAUGCCAGUUGCCUGGGCCUUGGACUUAUGCAGCCAAAAGGUAGCGUGAGAAUUCAGUUGUAGCAAAGAUAUCCUUGUAAUGCCCAGAGAAAUCUUUUUUAACUAAUUAGAAAUCUGGUUCUGUUUUUCCCCCCUUGAUCUUUCACUGAAUGUUGGGUCCAUAUUAAAUGUAUUUAUGGCUCAUAUAUCCAUACAUUAAAUUCAAAUUUAACUUCUUGAGUAACCAAAGAAGUUGCCUUGACUAACUUCUGUAUGGCUCCAUAGCUCACCAAAUGCAUUUUAAUUUCUGCUAGUGAAACAGCCUGCCUUUGUAGCAAAUUGGAAUUUUAUCUUAUGGCUUAUUGCAAAUGGCCUGGAGAUUUGAGUCAUAGCAAAGUAAGUGAACACAUCUGUAGUAUCAAGACAACAAAGCUUUUACUAAUUUACUUAGACAUGAAAAAUGAAAACAACAGCAUCAUUGCUUCCAAACUUUUCUGUUUUUAAUUUGUCUCGUGCCCCCAGACGCGUACCUGCCAAAAAGACAUGUGGGGUCUCAUGUCCCUGGGCGCAGGCCUUCUAGUCACGUGGGGGGAGGGGCGCAAAAUCCCCCCACUUCACUAGAAGGCAGCAGCAACUGGCAGUCAAUUAAUGCUUGACCGCCCUCUGUUCCCCUCCUUCCCCAGCCCCUCCAAGCAUCCCGCUCCUCCCCAUUUCCCUCCUGGCUCUCCCUUCCGCCAUCUAGCUGCUCUGUCAGGGCUCUGGUCCGCAACUUGCCCCAGCAGGCCCAGCCACAAAAUGGAGGACAGCAGCGCAAACAGCUGCCCCCUCCCCCCAGACAUGGAAAGAAAACUGAUAGCACAGAGGAUGGGCAGCAGUGCGGUGUGCACUUGGCCACUCGUGGCUUAGCAGAGUGUGUGUCCAGGGAAGGAGCCGGCGGGGGCGUACAUUGAGGGAUGCUGAGGGGGAACAGUGCAACCUGUUGACUGCGAGCGGCAACUGCAGCCCCAAACCUGGGCCUCCUUCUUUGAAUUUCUUUGCCUUGCCGCGUUGCCCACCAUUCUUCCCUCUUGGACCAAGGGGGCGCCAUUUUAGGGGGAGCAGGGGAGAAUUGGGGAGUGGGAGUGGGUGCAGCUGAGGGCCUCCUCCGCCCCCAUGCCAGGAGGCGUCAUUUAAGGUCUUGGCCUGGGCGCCAUUUUUUAAGGUACGCCUCUGCCUGCCCCACACUUUGAUUGAAAUGUUGUGUCUUUAGCACAGUGUUCUGGUACUCUUCUGUAUUUUUUUAAUGUUAACAUUGCUCCAAAGAAGUAGCAAAAUUGGCAUCUGAUCCCUAACAUAUUGCAGAAUCAGUUCCUUAUCAAGGAAGGAGAAAUAUGCAUUAACACUGUGUAAAUUUAGUGAAACUGCUGAACAAGUAAUGUGUGCAUGAAUGAAACAAGAGCAUGCCUGUGGAUCAAAAUCAGUGUAUUGAGUUGAGUAUAAAGGUUAUGGUGAGAAAACAUGGGAAGUUUAUAGGAAGCAGUGGAAGGAGCUGGCUAGAAUCAACAAAACCCUGUACUUCCAAGUACUUCCAAGCAGGCCGCACAAGCCUGUCUGGAUUUCAUCUUAUGACAGCAUUCUCUUUUGCUGCAGGUUUGUCCAGAAGGAUCUUAAAUUUCUGGAGGGGCUUAUUGGGGGCAUGUAAUUUUGGGUGGAAUGGGGAUCAAGAAGCCCUGUAAUAUAUGUAGAAUAUGCCAGGCCUCCGUAGAUGCUGACCCUGUGACUUUUUGUUGUUGAAAAACCUUAGGAGAACCUCCUCCGAAAUUGCUUCUUAAUCAAAAGCAAACUUAUGAAGUCACGUUUUUAUCCUUGUUGAUUACUUUACAGAUUUAUUUUGUGCACGUUAGGAGACAGCACUAAUAAAAAUACUAUCAUAUUUUGGUAGAGUAAUGAUUAUUUAGGGGAUCUAGGUCUUCAGCUUUAUUGUAAAUGCACUGGUACAUCUGCCACUCAGCUAACCCUUUAAGGUUCAGUUUAAUAUACUUAAUUUUUUUCCUCCCAAUCUUUGACCAGUCAUAUUUUUUCAUGUACCUUGGAUCUAAGUGUCAGUAACACUAAUUUUCUAUCCCGUUUAUUAUGACUUUAAUGUGUUAAUGAAGGAAUUUACUUUUUAGCUUAUAGCUGAAGGAGCCACAAUAUCUUCUCUUGGUCUUAAUAAUUCAGGGUAAACAAUUAUCAAGGACAAUUUAUCUGGGGAGAAAAGUAGCAUCACAUACUGCAGUGCACUACAGUUUUGACAAACGUUUUAGUUCAGAAGAUCUUUUGCAUUUGAAUCACUGCUUACUGCCUCUCCUGAAAUUACCAUAAAUUAUUAUAUACUCCAUAGUAUAACAAGUAGCCAGUAUUUUGCAGAAAGAAAACAAUUCAGAGAAAGUACAAUGAAAGCCUGAAAGUUUGCAGAUUGAUAAUGUGAAUGCUUGGUGAAACCCACAAAGGAAUGUUUUCUCCCUUCAAUGGUAUAAAGCCAUAUACCGGUAGUUGAAAUCUCAUGAUAAUAUGACUAAGCAAAUACAGACCAUUUAUUCAAAUUAAGCCACAGUUGCAAAUGAAAUCUCAAAUAUUUGAUUUUGUUAACCUAUUUAUUUUGCAAUUUGUUAAAAUGGUUUUCAAGUCACAAGUAGGAAAUAAUGAAAUUUUAGUGUAGCUCAUUGAUUUCAUUUUCUUGGUUUUGGGCUCUAAAAAAAAUCUCCACAUGGAUACAUAUGACAUCAUCCACAUAAGGUUGCAUAAAUAUUUGAAGAAAAUCCAGAAUAGAUCCAGGAUCACUUUUUAUAAAUAUUUUAAUAUUAACUCGCUUUGUACUUGUAAAAUUGCAGCCUACAAUUUCGUUGGAUAGAAAUGUAAGUUCCUUUGCACAUUGCAGGGGUAUAGCUAAUACAGUAGAGCUCAAAACUUUAGAAGGCAGGUGUGCUUGUGAUCUGGACAUUUCAGUUGGUAAAAAUUCGUGUAAUUUCUUACCCCAAUUGACAUGGUUAAUAAAUUAAAAACCAUCUUUAUGUUUCCUUUAGAAAUUCUGCUCAACAGAAGCCGUACAACUUUUGGAAAUGCGUUCAUUUUAUGAUAGUGCAUGUUUGUUAGGUGUGUAGCAAACUCAAAUACUCUUUUUGCAAAGAACAUAUACUGAGAAAGUAUUACAAUGAAUGGAAAACAUCAUGUUAAAAUUAACUUUACUUAUUUUAAAACGACUUUGUUUCAGGGAAAUUUUCUAGUUGCUUUUGCUAUACAUAUAUAAAGUCAUUGUUUCCUAUUUCAAGUAAUAAUUUAAAAAGAGAGAUGUUUUGGUAGUGAACACAAACUGAAGCAAGCAGACCUUUCUCAGACUUGUUUCUUGCUUUCUUUAUCCCAGUGGAUGGACAGGUAAAAAUUGUGUAAACGUUAUUUUAUUUUUUUAUGCAAUAUUGUUCUGUAAAUAUGAGUUAUCAAAUAAGGAUGUACCUAUGAUUGAAUCUCUGAUUCUGCACAGUUAGAGUUUAUAUAUAAAAUAUAAAUGUGUUUUGACAAUCAAGGACUUACUGUCAGUCUUCCUUUAUGACGUUUUAUUAAUGUUAUGCAUUCCAUUUGUUAGACUUGAGUACCAAUGUGGGAAUUUGUAUUGUCUGUAAAGUAUGUAAUGUUUUUACAGCUUGUUUAAAAAAAAGGAAAAAAGAACCUUGUAAAUGUGUAUAAACAGAACACAGUACUGCUUUAUAUCAGGAGGCAUAUGAUGUACUGUAUGUAAGCAAUAAUGCCUAACAGUGCUAACUUUGCAAGUAGCAUAAAGAUAGUUCCAAAAAUUGUUUGGGGAGGAUGGUAGCUUUGUUUAAGUUAACAAAUAUUCUUAAUUAUUUUCAAUCAAUAAAUUCAGCCAUUUUUCUGUUGUAGUAUACAAUGUUGUUUACGUGGCACAAUCUGAGUGGCAGGGGAAGCAGUCUUUCAGACGUGUGUGUGUAGCCACACAUUCAGUGGUGGGAUUCAAAUAAUUUAACAACCGGUUCCGGUGGUGGGGUUCAAAUAAUUUGACAACUGAUUGCAUACAAGUACCAUUUUAACAACCGGUUCUGCCGAAGUGGUGCGAACCUGCUGAAUCCCACCACUGCACACAUUCAUUAUGAAACUAAUGGCAUGACUGCACUUCUGCGAGAUAAGGAAGACUGCAAGAAUUAUUCCAUAUCCCGGAAGGAAAUAUAGGGUCUUCUGCACCAAUUGAUUAUUUUUUGUAAUUUAGUUUGAAAUCCGUUAAGUCUUGAUAUAGAUUCAGUAGAAAUCAGAUUUGUAUGCUACAAAAAGUGGUUCUGUUCAUGAUUCACAUUACAAUUACAGUCAUGAUUCACAUUACAUUCACAUUACAGUCAUUAUUCACAUUACAAUUACAGUCAUGUUACAGGUUUAUUUUUACAUAAUUUUUUGCCAUAGGAAUUCUCACAGCAGAGAUGAGCUUUAUUCAGUUCAAUCAAAAGACAAAAUUAAACAUAAAUUGAGUUUGAACUGGGCUUUCAGGCUGUACAGAGCAACAGAGUUAUUUGAAAACUGUCAUCAUUGCUUUAGGGUUAUGGGGAAAGAUCAUUGGUUUAUAAAUGUAUAUGACCUAAAUUUUAUAGGACAAAUGUUUUUAAAUGCUAGUCAUUUAUAUAAUAUGUGCUUUGAAGGAUUUGCUAGUUCACUUCUGUCACUUUUAGUACACUGGUAUCUUUUUAUAUGUAAUGUAUGCUUUUUAUUAUUGUAGCAAAGCAUUUCAGUAGAAGGAAUUUUGCAACAGUGUUGAGGAAAAUUUUAUUGUUGGAAAUUAAUUAUAUUGAAUUCUCUGUCUCUGUAGUUUUGUCAUAUUUUAACAGUUUCUGGAAAGGACUUUGGUAUGCAAAUAAACCCAGUGAGCUCCUUUUAAAAUACUGUGUGAUCAGCAAAUGAGUCCAGAAAUCUAAUACAUUUGAGGAAAAAUACACAAUUUAAUGUGUUGUCCGCUCAAAUAUUAAAAUACUUAAGACAGAGAAAGAGUACUAUAUAGAAGAAUGUGCUGGAAUGCAUUUUCUAAUUUAGUACUGUUUUCCCUGAAGUCAGUUAUGCUUUGUUUGUCUUUUUAGUUCAUAAAAUCCCCUGUAAUACUGGCAGAUUGAUUUCAAUUAUUAUACAGUAUUAUUUUAACAUGCAACAUCAGAUCUGUCCAUUUUAUUGUGAGUGUUGAUUUAAGGAAAUGAAUUACCAAUUUCAUCAGUUUAAAAUGUGUAUAAGUAAUACAGAUGCUUUUGUAUAAACAUGGAAAGUAUGAAUUUGUGUAAUUAUUUUGUAUUUGAAAUAAAUUAGGUGAUGCUGAGUUCCUGAGAAAUCAGGAAUUUCGUGAUAAAA